AUGUUUCGUAAUUUCUAUGUGUUGCACAAGACUGGAAAGUUAUAUUUUUCAAAGAACUUUCAAGGCGAUGUGUUGGACCAAGGGCUUGUUGUUGGCUUUUCUUCCUCAAUAUCUAGUUUUUGCAAAACGCUGUUGGGUGAAGGUGUCCGAGAAGUUACUUCGCUUAGUGGUCGAAUCGUGUACAAGGAAGUCGGAGAUUUUGUUUUUGUUGUUCAUUGUAAUCUGAGUAUUUCGAGCAAUAUUGUGCAGGGAGUUGUCAGUGAUGUGAUUUCGAUCUGCGAGUUACUCUUUGGUGCUUCGCAUAACUGGGAUAAAGAUACGUUUGAUUUGUUUGGUGCACAGGAUAUCAUCAACAUGUACUUUGCACGUACAACAUAUGAUCCUAGUACAGCUGUUGGUGGACUAUCACAGGUCUUUGUAGAUCGUGAUGUUUUGGAUAGGCUAGACAAUCUGUUGGCAUAUCUAGAAAGUCAAGAAGGUGUAUGCAGUAAUGGGGCGAUGCUUGUGCUUGGUGAAUCUGUAUUGCAUUCACGUAUGUCCUUGGUAGACACUAGAAUGAUUUUGCAAUAUCAUAAAGCCCGUGGGUUUGGUUCUGUCAGUAUUCGAUACACACCUGUUUUCAUAUCAGGCGCAUGGCGUAGUCUUUAUUCUAUUCGGAUGAACAGCUUUGUCUUGUUUGUUACGACAUUUAUUGACAAACCGUAUUCCCUGAUUGAAAAGAAAGUCUACGAAUUCCAAACAAACUUGAUUCAAUAUCACUUGAAUAUUCCUAUAGAGGAGCCGCCUGUGUUGCUUCGGUUAUAUGCAAAACGAGAGACACUUGCAAUGCUGUACAAUAAUACCAAGACUGGUGCUACACUGUUUCCCGAACUUCGUCCUGGACCGGAAGUCCAGCAAAAGGAGAUCUUGAAUGCGUUUUGGACACUUUUUUCUGAUGCAAGCAAUGCUCUUCGUGUCUCGGGUGUUACCGAGUUUUCCAUUUGCAAAGAACUGUAUAGAUUUUAUGCAAGGUGUGAAGGAAUUCACAAACUGUACGUUCUUUUUUCAAGCGAAACGUCGUUUAUGGAUGUACCCAAUGCUGCGACUGAGAUUCUCAAGAACAUCAAGAAUGUCGUACCAAAAUAA